UGAGGGGAACAUGGCGCGGUAAACCCUGGCAACCCUGUUCAUAUAAACUUUUGCCUAGAAAUAAUCAAUACACAGUAAUUGAUUCGUCUCUUUCUAAGAGUUUAGGGGAUUUAUUUUGAAUUCGGGACAGGAAAAACCGCCAGGAAUCUCUGCGUAUAGAAGGAAAAUGCCUCGCAGACGACAGAGACACAUGGCUGGGAGUGGCUCAGAUGGCACAGAAGACUCUGACUCCUCCGCUGAAAGAGAGCAAACAAACAGCUCAGAAAGUGAUGGAAACGCACACAAGAGACAGCGCCUCACCAGAGCCUCAACUCGCCUUAGCCAAAGCUCUCAGGAUACUCCAGACUUGAAGCGAGCCGUGGACCAUGAUGAGUCUCCACCCUUGACACCAACAGGAAACGCCCCCUCAUCUGAGUCUGAGCUGGACAUCUCAAGCCCCAACGCCUCCCAUGAUGAGAGCCAGGCCAAAGAUCAAGCCAACAGAGACUCCGAUAAGGACCAGUCUCAUCGCCCCAAACGUCGUCGCUGUCACGAGACAUACAACUUCAACAUGAAAUGCCCCACACCAGGAUGCAACUCACUUGGACAUCUCACAGGAAAACAUGAACGUCAUUUUGCUGUAUCAGGCUGCCCUCUGUAUCACAAUCUAUCAGCUGAUGAAUGCAAGGUGAAAGCUAUCAGCCGUGAGAAACAAGAGGAGGAAGUAAAAACUCAAGAAGAAAACAACUCACGCCAUGCAACUCGUCACCAGACUCCAACAUCCAAACAGAGUCGAUACAAAGAGCAGGUGGCUGAGAUGAGGAAGGGAAGAAACUCUGGCCUUCAGAAAGAGCAAAAAGAAAAGCACAUGGAGCACCGUCAGACACAUGGAAACACCAGAGAACCUCUUCUGGAGAACAUCACCAGUGAAUACGACCUGGAGCUCUUCAGGAAAGCACAGGCCCGAGCUUCUGAAGAUCUGGAGAAGCUUCGUAUCCAGGGUCAGAUCACUGAGGGCAGCAACAUGAUUAAGACCAUCCUAUUCGGCCGCUAUGAGCUGGACACCUGGUACCACUCACCAUAUCCCGAGGAGUAUGCACGCCUUGGUCGCCUCUACGUCUGUGAGUUCUGCCUCAAAUACAUGAAGAGCCAAACUAUCCUCAGGAGACACAUGGCCAAGUGUGUGUGGAAGCAUCCUCCAGGAGACGAGGUGUACAGAAAAGGAGCAAUAUCUGUGUUUGAAGUUGAUGGGAAGAAGAAUAAGAUCUACUGCCAGAACCUGUGUUUACUUGCCAAACUCUUCUUGGACCACAAAACACUCUAUUAUGACGUGGAGCCUUUUCUGUUUUAUGUCAUGACUGAAGCUGACAACACAGGCUGCCAUUUAGUGGGAUACUUCUCCAAGGAGAAGAAUUCCUUCCUCAACUACAACGUUUCCUGUAUCCUGACAAUGCCACAGUACAUGAGACAGGGCUUUGGAAAGAUGCUCAUCGACUUCAGUUACCUGCUGUCCAAAGUGGAGGAGAAGGUGGGCUCACCAGAGAGGCCUCUGUCUGACCUGGGCCUUAUCAGCUACCGUAGUUACUGGAAAGAAGUGUUACUGAGAUACAUGUACAACUUUCAAGGCAAAGAGAUCUCCAUCAAAGAAAUCAGUCAAGAGACUGCUGUGAAUCCAGUGGACAUUGUGAGCACCCUGCAGUCAUUACAGAUGCUCAAGUAUUGGAAGGGGAAACACUUGGUGUUAAAGCGACAGGAUCUGAUUGACGAGUGGAAAGCGAAGGAGAUCAAACGAGGCAACAGCAACAAAACCAUUGACCCAAGCUCGCUGAAGUGGACCCCACCCAAAGGGACAUGAAGCACCCAGAACCUCAGGCUACUCAAUGAACUCGCCUCUAGCCUCACCAGCCACAAGUAGCCUCGACCCAAAACUGUCAAUAAAGACCAGUGCUCUUUCUUUCUUUCGGACAUGUUUUCCCCUUAUUUUUGUCUCUGAACUUUUUUUAAUGACUUUUUUUACACUUUUGUUUAUAUUUUAAACUCCACGUUACAAAUCAGAUGAUUUUUGGCUGAAAAAUGUGUCUAAAGCAGUCUCUCCUUUGUCCUAUUUCUUUCAAAACUGCCUACAUCUGCGCUUUGAAUGUUAAAUGGUCCAGCGUGGUGGAUAUCAUGAAUGUUUUGCUUUUCUUUGCAAAAAAAUCCUACAUUUGGCAGCAUUUACAGGCUGACUUUUGUUUGGAUUAAUACAAUAACUGUUAGCAUGAACAAACUGUAAGCAGAGUGUACUUUGAGAAAUGAUGUACGGUGAUGUCUUUGGUUGGUGUUACAUUGUAUAGAAGAACUGUGUAUUCCUCCAGCUCCGUCAGUACAGGAUCUGGACCCACUCCGCUGACAAACCUGCCAAAAUAAUGGUGCAUUAGUCGCUUAUUUUAAUUUUCGGGGAAAAUUAAGAAAAAGACAAUACCACUGUAAUAAUGCACAUAGAAAUAAACCAACCUCAGGUUUUUAUACUGAUACAAUCAUACCUUGCUCAUGUGGUUUCUCCAGAACAUCAGGUGCAGUGGUUGUUGCAGAUGGACUUACUCUGGUUAAAAAAUCUGUGAUCAACAGGAAGUUCAACAUUUGACUGUCUUUAUUUGUACUUUUAACCAUAGAUGUUAAAUGUGUACUAGCAGAUUGAUAUUUUUAAUAUCAAUAAAGCUGCCUUUAAUUUU